AUGGCUGAGAUCGUGGCUGCCGUGGCCUGGGUGUUGGUGGGUCCUUGGGAAUGGCUGGAUGCGAGCCAUUUGUACGCCGCCGCAGCUGGGCUGAUUGUCGGGGUCGCCAUUGGCCUGGGCAUCAGUGCCGCGUUGGCUAGCUUCGCCUAUAAGCGCUUUUUGCGCGCCCUCCAGCCCGCUCAAGUGCAACGCCAGCCGUAUACCCCCCCGCAACUUGGCCCGAAAGCACUACGCUUUAUCGAAAAGCAUCCCAAGCCCGCGGCCCAUCAGAAUGACACGCUUCCUCGUGAACAGAUGGAUGUCAUCAAUCUCAUCUGCAACUUUAUCUUCCAACAGCUGCGAGACACCAUCAACGUCAAGCGGCAGUUUUUGGUCAUUGCUGACCGAAACUUUGAGUUUCUGCUCCGCAAGUCACCGCUUGGGCAUUUUUGCAAGCGUCUGACCGUUUAUGAUCUAAACUUUGGCACGACUGUGCCUGAAAUCAAUUGGAUCUCAGCCGUGCGCCCCAAACUCGGUACCUUGGCCAACUCUGAUUCCCUCGAGGUCGAGACGGACGUGUCUUACGAGGGCAAAUUCAAUCUGACCGUCAAGGCCGAUUUAUGGGCUAGCAACCCCCAUCCCCACUGGUACUUCUCAUUCAUGGAAGAACCUGAAGUGGAUCUCGAGGUGGAGGCCAUCCUUGAUGGUCGUAGCAUGCCGCAGCUCGCCACCAUACUAAAGAACCAGAUGCACUCGGUGCUAAAACGCCAUCACGUCAUCCCAGCGAAAAAAGUCCGCUACGCCCCUUUCUUUUCACCGCCACCCGAUCACAGCCUGAUCGAGACGCUUUUUAACAACCUGCAAUUGUACGAGGGCAACCUGGAGGUCGAAGUGGUCGGUGCCUCUGGACUCAAGGGCUUGCGCGAGGAUAGCUUCCUCUACGUGAACCUCUCCCUGGAUCGCAACAUGAAGGACGACAAUGCCCGCGUGACGACUGGUCAUGUUUUUGAGGUCACGUGCCUAAAAGCAGGUGCUGGUGGUACGAUUGGCGUCAUGUUUGGCCAGCAGUCUCGCAGCUCCACGGAGUGUCGCAUUGAAUACAUCAAGCCGGCCAGCCCAGCCAGCGACACGCUCCUGCGAGCAGGCGAUGUGGUCACGCACAUCAACGGCUUACCCAUCAUGAAGACCUCACAAGCCAUGCGCCUGAUCAAGGAUGCCGAGUUUGAAGUUCGCCUCACCGUCAGCCGGCCGGCUGAGGAGAUUGAGAAUGAGGAUUUGACCGAGCAGCACGACAUCUGCCGCACCUCUCUUGUUGCCUGCAGCGAUGCCCCGGAGUGGCGCCAAAAGUUUUAUUUCGACCUCUCUUCCCGCCACACUACACUCUACAUCUCCGUUUAUGAUUGCCUCGUGAAUCGCCCUCUUUCAAAGCGGUUCAAGUUGCUCAAUUCCCCCACCCAAGGCGCCGUCGAAGCAGGUCUCAUUCACCUCACACUCAAACACGAGCCGCAACCAAUGGAGCCUCGCAACGCGCAUCCUGACGCCCGGGCAUCAAUGCAGCCGGAAGAGGCCAGUCCGACCAAGAGCGGCGGCUCACGGGUGGCAUCUUCUACAAGUGAUGGGCCGGAGAAAAAGGCAGCUGGAAAAGCUGCUCAUCUAACGUCUGCAAAGCCGGGACCCCCGUCGACUCAACCGCCUCGUCGCACCUCAACAACCACGAGCACUGCAGAAUCCAUGUCUCAAUUACCCUCCAAGCGGCACUCGGUGCCGACUACCUCAACAGUAGAGGCACGUGGCGAGGAGCUAUUCCCCGACCUGCCGCCACAGCAACGUCGCAAGGAGCUCGAGGACAUGCUCAACACAGUGGCCGUCCAGAUUGAGCUCGAAAGUGAGACCAAGCAGGACUUGGAGCGCCAAUUGCGAAACGCAACGACUGUCAUUGCACAGAGCAGAUUGCAGGACAACAUUGAAAAGAGCACAGAGCGCAGUCAAGUACUUCACACUCGCGCACUAAAAUGUGUCUCUGCUAUCGCUGCCUGCGAAGACGAGCUAGCAGGAACCAAGUCAUUCAAGUCAGCGAGAUGGCGCUACCGCGGGGAGCACCCGCCGGCGUACAAACGAGGACAGGAUAGAAUUGAAGGCUUUACGAAAAGCAAAAGGGAGAAGAAAAAACUCUUUGUGUUCUGA